AACCAGCAACUCACUCACAUGCAGCUAAGCUGAAAGGAGAGAUCUGCUAUCUGCUGAGGAGAACAACAGCAGAGAUCACAACAGAGAUCAAUUUCAGAAAGAAAUUCCAUAUAAGGAAGGCCACGGUCUGCAGUGAAGAUGAGGUGUUUGGUGAUCACAUUACUGGUGGCUUGUGCAUUUGCUGCGUCUUCUGCUUUGAAACACAAGCCCUGGAAAAACAAUGACAUUUUGUCUGUUAGAGCCAACAAGUAUGCUGCAGAUGAUGAAUCUACACGGUGCAUUGCUGAGGGGAGUGAUGGGAGCGAGUACAGAGGCACUGUCUCAGUAACGGCCAAAGGACACGGAUGUCUCCGAUGGAACAGAUUCCGGAGUCUGGGAUCAGCUGUUACCAGUGGGCUGGGAUCACAUAAUUACUGCAGGAAUCCAGACAAGAGCAUCAUGCCAUGGUGCCGCGUUAAGAGAGGAACCCGGAUUAUAAGAGAGUUCUGUGAUAUUCCUCGAUGUGAAGCCAAACCAACUGAAAGCCCGACAGAACCUACAGAACCUACAGAACCAGAGCAGGAUACUGAGCGUACAUGUGGUGAACGAUCUCUGAACAGCAUAUAUAGGAUCAUCGGGGGAUACAGGACUACAGUGGAGUCACAGCCUUGGAUGGCAUCCAUUUUCGUAAAUAAGGGUUUCAAGUGUGGAGGGACGCUCAUCGCUCCUUGCUGGGUCCUGACAGCAGCCCACUGCUUUCCUUCAGGUAGGAGAAACAAACUCGAGCACAUCUCUGUCUACCUGGGGAAGAAUGCCAUCAAUGAGACGGACCAUAACAAAGAGCAGAAGUUCAAAGUGACCAAACUUAUCAUUCAUGAAGAUUUUGAUAACACAAUAUCAGAGAAUUACAACAAUGACAUAGCUCUGAUGCAGAUCGUGGACAGCAGUGGGCAGUGUGCACAGAGAACACGCACAGUGAGGACAGUGUGCCUUCCCCCUUCUAAGCACAUGAUGCCCUAUGGAUCAUUCUGUACCACAGCUGGCUAUGGCAGAGUGAAGAGCAAUGGAUUUGAGUAUUCCAAGUUCCUUAAGGAGGCUCGUUUAGAGCUCAUCUCUCCUAAAGUUUGUCACCAGGAUAACUAUUAUGGAAAAAGUGAGGUUCCUCUCACCGACAACAUGGUGUGUGCUGGCAGCCCCACCUGGAAAGAUGAUGCUUGUCAGGGAGACUCUGGAGGCCCAAUGGUGUGUGAGGUGAAUGGUCGAAUGUUCCUGUUCGGAGUGGUCAGCUGGGGAGAACAGUGUGCCACCAAAUUCAAACCAGGAGUCUACACCAAAGUCACCAACUAUAACAAAUGGAUUGAAGAUCACACAGGCCUGCCCUCCUCCUUCACCAGCGGCAUUAUGUACCCGCAUAAGCGCUAGCUUUGCUCCACAAAUACUGUUACAUGUUACCUUUUGAUAAAAACCAUUUGUACAUACAUAGUAUGUAAGUUGUUUUCUACUUCUCAUACUGGACGUAUCAUGUAUAGUAGCGUGUAAAUCCUAUCGUGAAGAAUCUACCACUGAAAACUGAAGUCAUUUUUUGAUGAUGAUGAUAUUCAUAUAAUAUGCUGUAUUUAAUGUUUAAGAUGCACUUAAAAUAUUUAUAUUGUAUUUAUUUUAUAUUUAUCAUAUUUGUAUAUAUUUUAUAAGAGGCUGGAUCCUUCCUUUUUUUCUUGUUAAUGUAUUGAGUUCUAUAAUGCUAAUUCUAGCAUUCAUGUAAAUUUGUAUUUGCUCU